AUGACGCCACCUCCGGUCGUGGGGUUAGUCCACAAUCAGGCAGCUGCCACCUCUCUCAGCAUCGUGGUCGCCAUGACGAUAGGGAUCAGGCAAGUGACCCAGAACAACGUCAUUCUCUCGUUUCGGACGACAGAGGAGAGCAAUAUGAGGAUAAUUCUGUCGUGCAGCUACAAGCACAGGAAGAUCGGCCAAGCAUACCGAGGCUGUCACCGUCCGCCCGUCAGAGGCGGGUCAACUUUCAGUAAAACAUCAGUCAUCGUUUACGUCGACGACGUUGCGACUACCAACGGUAAGAAGGACUGCUGCCCUAUUGUGGGCAGUAACGCCAGGCAGGGCAAGGAUGAGGAUGUUGUCCGGCCGCUACGAGGGAAGCGCCACAAAAUAAAUACUUCGGCCCUUACUAAACGGCUUAAAGACCAUUACUAA